AUGAACGGCACAGUUGCCAUACUUGAUGCUGGUGCUCAAUAUUGCAAGGUUAUCGAUCGGCGUGUGCGAGAGUUACAAGUACAAUCGGAAAUAUUGCCCCUGAAUACACCACUCAAGGAAAUUAAGCAUCGUGGCUUUAAGGCUAUUAUAAUAUCCGGUGGCCCAGGUUCAGUUUUAGAUGAUGAUAUCUCCGCAUUUGAUAGUCAAAUCAUUAAAGGCGAUUUGCCAGUACUAGGAAUUUGUUAUGGCAUGCAGCUUAUGAAUUUCUUAGCUGGUGGUAAAGUUGAACGUGCUACGGGCCGAAGAGAUGGACAAUUUACUGUAAAUCUUGACACAAAAAACCCUCUAUUUAGUGGUUUAGAGUCAGAAGAAAAGGUACUUCUUACCCACGGUGACCAUUGCGUAAAGGUGCCUGAUAAUUAUGAGAUUAUUGGAAAAGAGGGUGAUGGAAUAAUUGCUAUUUCCAACUCAACCCUUAAUCUUUAUGCGGUUCAGUUUCAUCCAGAAGUGAAUUUGACACUCAACGGAAGUGUUAUUCUUAAAAACUUUCUGUUUGAUAUCUCCAAACUUGAGCCCAACUUUAAAAUUGAAGACCGCCUUGAGGAGUGUAUCAGAAACAUGAAACAAGCUGCUGGUGAUAGAAAAGUUCUGUUUAUGCUUAGCGGAGGUACUGAUUCAACUGUAUGUGCAGCUAUCGGACACAAAGCCCUUAAACCCGAACAAAUAACCGCUAUCCACAUUAACAACGGAUUCAUGAGGAAGAAGGAAUCAGAGUCCACAGUUGAGGCACUGAACAAGCUUGGUCUUAAUGUCAGGUAUGUCGAUGCUAGUUUACGAUUCCAAACCGGAAUGACCACCUACCAGGUUGCAGUCGACACCUCUGCUCUAGCGCCUGCUAGUCUCCUUUCAAAAUCUUCACAGUGCUCUAGUACUUCAGGAGAAGGGGUGGAAUCUCCAAACACAAUGGAAGUAGAUGGAAACGAGAACUACAAUUCUAACUCCGUUUCGAACUCUUCUAAGUCGCCCAUACAAGGGGGUGUAGUUGCCCACAAGGAGAUUCGUAAUAUCCCUAUUGGUCCUCUAAACCUGCACGUUGUCAGUCCCGAGGAAAAGCGUCAAAUCAUUGGGGAUACCUUCAUUCGUGUGGCAGAAGAAACUUGGAAGCAGCUGAAACUGAAUCCCGAUGAGUUCCUUCUAUGUCAAGGCACGCUGAGACCGGACCUGAUUGAAUCUGCAGCUUUGUCGGUUACUAAUAAAGCAGAUGUUAUUAAGACUCACCAUAACGUUUCAAAUCUUGUUAAAAAACUUUCUCAACAAGGUCGUGUUAUUGAGCCCCUUGCUGAUUUCCAUAAAGAUGAAGUUCGUAAUCUUGGAAGACUUCUAAAUCUCCCAGAGGAGAUUGUUGCUCGUCAUCCUUUCCCUGGACCUGGUCUCUCUAUUCGUAUCUUGUGUGCCAGUGAACCUUACUGUGAACGUGAUUUCCCUGAGACAACGAGCUUGGUCAAAAUGAUUGCUGGCUAUGAGUCAAUGUCUAAGAAGAUGCAUGCUUUGCUGAACAAGAUAAACGAAGCAAUCUCCCCAUCAGAACAAAUUAGACUGAGAGAAAUAACUGCUGAUGGCGCAUUGACGGCUCACGUUUUGCCCAUCCGUUCUGUUGGUGUUCAGGGAGAUUGUAGAUCAUAUAGCUACGUUUGUGCUCUUUCCUCGGAUCAGGCACCUGACUGGGAUUCUCUCUUCUUCAUGGCUCACAUCAUCCCUCGUAUAUGCCAUAACAUUAACAGAGUUGUUUAUGCAUUUGGACCUCGUAUUACCACCUCGGUGUCUGAAAUUACUGUCACCUACCUUCGUGAACCAGUUAUUGAGACGCUGAGAGAGGUCGAUUAUCGUGUCAAUGCAGUCCUUUUGGAGGAGGGUUGUAUUAACCGUGUGGCUCAGAUGCCCGUUGUCCUAAUCCCAAUUCAUUUUGAUCGGGAUCCGGGCAACAUGAUGGCCUCCUCAUCCAUUCUUCGCUCGGUGGUACUGAGACCUUUCCUUACUUCAGACUUUAUGACUGGUUUGCCGUGUAGACCUGGAGUUGAUAUACCUCUUUCGGUCAUCGAUAAGAUGGUUAAGGCUGCUUCGGAAGUGCCCGGAAUUUCUCGUGUCCUCUAUGAUUUGACGGCAAAACCUCCGGCUACAACUGAGUGGGAAUAG